CGCUUGGGGGGCGUGGCGGGGCGUGUCACGUGGUCCUACGGUAGUGUUGGGGGAUUCGCGCAUGCGCCUGACGCUGAGAGACGCAGAGACCUUCAGCUGGGGACAGAGUCAUGGCCGUACCACCCAACUAUGCAGACCUGGGCAAGGCAGCCCGUGAUGUUUUUAACAAAGGCUAUGGGUUCGGUCUUGUGAAGUUGGAGCUGAAGACGAAGUCCUCCAGUGGGGUUAUGGAGUUUACCAGCAGUGGCUCUUCAAACACCGACACAGGGAAAGCAUCUGGAAACUUGGAAACCAAGUACAAACUACAAGAGGCGGGGAUCACCUUUACCCAGAAGUGGAACACAGACAACACCCUGGGGACUGAAGUGUCCCUGGAAGACAAGUUGGCUACGGGUCUGAAGCUGGCACUGGAUACUGCGUUCGUACCCAAUACUGGUAAGAAGAGUGCCAAGCUGAAGACCUCCUACAAGAGAGACUAUGCUAAUCUGGGAAUGGAUGUUGACCUGGACCUGGCUGGUCCUACCAUCACUGGCUGGGGAGUCCUGGGUUACCAAGGCUGGCUGGCUGGCUAUCAGAUGUCCUUCGACACUGCCAAAUCCAGAUUGGCACAAAAUAACUUUGCCCUGGGCUACAAGGCAGAAGACUUCCAACUUCAUACAAACGUGAAUGACGGCACUGAGUUCGGAGGAUCUAUCUAUCAAAAGGUCAAUAAGGAUGUGGUGACCUCUGUGAGCCUGGCAUGGAGUGCAGGUAGCAACAACACACGCUUUGGCAUUGGAGCCAAGUACCAGCUGGAUUCAAACACCACCCUCUCUGCCAAAAUUAACAAUGCCAGUUUGAUUGGAGUGGGCUACACACAGACCCUGCGGCCUGGCGUGAAGCUGACCGCCUCUGCGCUGAUUAACGCGAAGAACUUUAGUGCCGGAGGUCACAAAGUAGGCUUGGGCUUUGAGCUGGAAGCAUAAUGAGGUGUUUGGUGUCAUGUGAAAAUCCUGGAGCCCCAGCCCUUCCUCCCACCAGAGACGACCACAAAGCAGAUGUGAUUCACUCGCACAGAGCAUGAGAUGUACGCGCCGUGCCAACGCCCCUUCUUCUUCAGAAGCUGCGUGCGGAGAUUGUGGAGUAGUGUUACCCUUCCCAUGGUUUCAGGAGAGGGUAAUACUUCUCCAAGGUUGUCACCUCAACAUCCUUCUCUGACACUCAAGAUGUAGAAAUGGCCAUAAAUCACCUGACUUCCCUCUAGGGAAUUGGGCUGGUUGUGUUGAGUAGCUCUAUGGAGAUCAUAAUUAACCCCAUUCCUCUGAUCUGUAUUCCAGCAGUAUCAGGCUGUCUGCAAUGUACACUACAGUCUACCGUCAGAAGCCAUUUUCACAGUUUCAAAGAAAAUUCCACAUAAGUGUUGAGCUAGUUGUCUGAUUGCAGUAGGUGGGUCUUACCCCCCCCCCCCCCCCCCCCCCGAUAGUUGCUUUUACUUAAUGGUAGCACCUUGUCCAGGGCAAGGCAGGAAUUCUGGUCAGGGUCCUGUCUAUAAUAAUCACAAUAGUGCUCCUCCUACUACAGUUCCAAUAAUACACACACACCCCAUUGUCCAGAGUGUUCUCAUCAAGUAAUUUAAUAUUUGAGAUAUUGUAAUAAAGAUGGCCACCUACACAUUGGAAAAUGU